CGAAAGCAAAAGCGAAAGCUUAGUUUUUCCAGAUAAGCAAAGCAAAGCAUCGCACAGAAGCGCGCAGGGGAUAGUGUAGCACUGAAGAUGAAGGCGAUGGCGAGAGAAAGGAGAGAGAGACGAAGAGAGCGAUAGCUAAGAAGCCAGGGAGAGGGAGAAUAUAUAAGAGACCAUCGCUCGUAGAGGUAAGGCUGGUUCCUCCCUCCAUCGCCAUGCUCCUCCAAGUUCUCUUCUUCGCUUGCUUCCUUCUCUCCGGCGAUGCUCUCCCGAUCGCCAGUAGCGCCAGGGCCACCUCCACUGCUGCUGUGGAUAUCGAGGCCUUGAAGGAGCUCAAGGCCGCCAUCGAUCCUGCCACCAUCGCCCCGAGCUCCUGCCUCGCGUCCUGGGAUUUCUCGCACGAUCCCUGUGCGUCCAUCUCCACCAGCUUCUUCGUCUGUGGCUUCCGCUGCAGCAAUGGAGCUCACCCAAUGCGCAUCACGGAGAUCACCCUCGACAACGUCGGCUACGCUGGGAGCUUGUCUCCAUAUCUUGGCAACUUAUCCUCGUUGCAGGUCCUCGACGUCUCUGGCAAUGCAUUCCACGGCUCCAUCCCGGAGUCGCUCAGCAAUCUCCGGUCCCUGCUCAAGCUGGAGCUCUCCCAAAACUCCAUCUCCGGAUGGAUCCCGCAGUCUCUUGGAAGGCUCGAUAAACUCGAGUACUUGUCACUGGCCAGCAACGCCAUCGAAGGACCGCUGCCUGCUUCGCUAAACCGGUUGCACAGUCUGGAGAGGCUCGCGGUUUCCAACAACAGGCUGAGCGGUCCCAUACCGCUCAUGACUGCCAUGUCCAGUCUCCUGUACUUCGACGGGAGUACCAACCGGUUCUCUGGCUGGGCGCAGUCGGAGCUACCUCUCUCCUUGAUGGUGAUCUCGCUUCGAAACAACCAGCUCCAAGGCAGACUCCCAGAGUCUCUCACCAAGUUGGAGCAGCUCGAAGUCCUGGACCUCAGUCACAACGAUCUCAGGGGCCCUGUUCCAGCUUCACUCUUCACCUUGCCUUCUCUCCAGCAGCUCAACCUCGCGUACAAUCAGUUCGUAUCCGUGCUCGCGACGCCGGGCUUGGCUGAAUGGGAACAGGCAGCGGACAGCAGCCAGCUGAUCGAGAUCGACCUGAGCUUCAACCAGUUCCAGGGACGUCUUCCAGUUUUUUUUGUCCAGAUGAAGCGGCUCACGGCUCUGUCCCUCGGGCAUAACCAGUUCAGCGGGCUCAUUCCCAUAGAGUACGCGCUCAAAGCUGUCCGGAUGCUCAUCGGUGCGGAACCACUGAUGCGUCUCUACUUGGAAUCCAACUUCCUCGCCGGGGAGCUCCCUUCACCAUUUCUCAGCAUCGUGCCAGGGGAGGUUUCCGGUAGCUUUGUGGGGAACUGCCUUCAAAGGUGUCCCGCGGAGCUAUUCUUCUGCCAAGGUGGACAGCAAAGGUCUCCUGCUGAAUGCAGCAAAUUUUUCGAAUCAGCACCUUGAUUAACUGGAAUGAACAAGAAGCUCCUACUUACUUGUAGUUUAUUCAAAUCAAUAUCCAUUUUGUAGAGUCGUUU